AUGGACAAUAAUGACCCCCUUGUGAAUGAUCCCAGCUUUGAUUGGACGUUCUCCGGUAUACCUAGCACUCCCGCUUACGAGACUUUCCAACCGCCGAUACACUCCCUACCAUUCAAUCUGGAUACGAUGACUUUUCCUCGAUCUUACAAUGGGCCUUCCGAAUCCGAUCUCAACUCAUUCGCUGUAUCUACAAGUGAUCAUGACACCUUUCAUGUGGGAGGAAGAUAUCUCCUUCAAUCAAACUAUCCAUUGAGCCCUCGUUAUCCACGGGCCGGUCAAGAUAUGAAUAUGAAUGCACUUUCUGCGACUGCGGGCACUGGCGCGCCCCGUCCACAUGCGGUUGAUUAUCAAUAUCAGGCUGACAUGCUACCAGUGAACCAAACAGUGCCUUCUGUCUACCUUCACGGGCGCUCCCCUUAUCCACCAGUUCACGGUCGUCACCGCGCCCAACCGUACACACUCGAGCGCCCCCAGCCGACGGUGUUCGCAUCAGAUGUGGCCUGUCUUCUACCAAUGCGCACGCGCUGCUUCUGGGGUGGAGAAUGCGUGGUCCUGAUGGAUGACAUCACGCGAGGCGGAAUAGAGCGCCAUGUUAAGGACAUUCACUUCUGCGGCGUUUUGGACCGGCAGGCCCUGAUUCUAUGCGAGUGGUGCACCGAUAGCGGGCGGUGCGGACACCGAAUGGCGCAGGCAAACCUUGGAAUACAUAUCGCAGCAAUCCACUUGAGAUCCACCGCGGUCGUAUGUGAUGGUUGCGGAAAGAAGUAUUCCAGGAAGGAUGUAUGCCAGAAGCAUAAGAAGGAGCGCUGCAAGGGCGUAGCCACCCCUCUCUAG